UAUAGGACCAGUUUUGGGUUCAGUUUUGUUCGAGGUUGGAGGUUUUGGCCUUCCUUUCUUUAUUAUGGGAGGGAUUGUCCUUUUCUUGGCCUUGGUGCUAUUUGUGAUGGUUCCAAAUGUAAAACCUGGCUCGUCCUCCUUGAGCAAAAAUCUGGCCAAUGAUUCGAAACCCCCUCUCACCAUCAGAAACGUCAUCAAAUCUUUUAGUAUUUCCCUCCCGUUUUUGGACAAAUUCAUCCUUUUUUGUGGAAAUGGAAUGUUUGAAUCAAUGCUCCAACCGCAUAUGAUAAAUUCUCAGGCUCAAGCAACUCAGUUCGAGGUCAGCAUGGCUUUCUUGAUCAUGGCUGGGUGUUACAUGAUCACCUCUCCACUUGCUGGUUACGUUUGUGAUAGAAUAAGGCGGCCGGUUUUGCUUUCCAUUGUUGGCAAUUUCCUUCUGUUCAUUGCAUUCAUCUUCAUUGGACCCGCCCCAUUCUUGACGGGAUUACCGACCUCGGUUCCAUUGAUCUUCGGAAUGAUGCCCUUCUUUGGGCUAGGUUAUGGAUUGGUAUGGGUCUCUUCGUUUUCCAGAGCUGACAAGGAAUGCAUCCGACAAGGGUAUCGAGAUGACGUUAAUACCUAUUUGGUUCUAACAGGUAAGAAGUAAGAAAAGGUAAUGCAAAACGCUGUCGUGGAUGUUAAAUCCCUCUUGUGGGAGACGGAUUUUCAUGCUGGUAUAGAUUUGUGGAUAGCUAUGUCUUUGUUUUCAAAUUCAAACACCCUGUCCUUUAGAGUUUAGAACUGAAAUUCCGUGGUUUGAAAAGCAUAAAACAGACUUAACUUAAUGGAAUUUCUUUUGAUAAAAUCACUUUAUUUAAAUUCGCCAUUGAUGAUCUUUCAUGGGCUGUUUUUUUGCAAACUUCCUUACGGCUCCUGGGAAUGGAAUCUCCAACAAUUCAAGUAACUGGGAACUCAUAUAUCUUAUGCAACUUUUAAUUCAUAAAUUAUCAAAUCCAUCUGCUUACAAGAGUUCA